CAUCUUCGAGAGAAACAAACGUGUUUGCGUCAUGAAAUUGAUGAAGAUGUCAGAUUGCAUUUUCAUUCAACUGAUUUGAAACAGAAAACGUGUGAAGUGCAAGUCUAACAGUGCAAACACAUCCGAAAAUACUUCUCUUACUUCUCUAUUAAUUCACUCCACGACUAUGAUGUGUCGAUAAUGGCAUAGAGUUGCAUCGAUUGCUUGAGUAAAGGCGUCAUUGAUGUUGAAACGUAAUUUUCGCUUCUGUAUAAAAAUGAUUCCCCUACAAAAAACUGUGUGAAGUGAGUCCUUCAGUCUUGAUGAAUAAGGCAAACAGAAAUCUGUAAAUGAGUUGGGAAGAUUUUCGGGAGAUUUGUCUGGGAUACGGUACAUCUGUACGAUUGAUGUAUAAGUAAAUGACACGAGGAGACUUUUCUUAUACAUCAAUAGACAUUUUUCAUUUUCAUUCUUUAGAUAACAGAUUUUAAUAUUUAGGCUAGUGAACGAUAUAUAUUGACAAUACGACAGUAAUCGAUUGUGUAAGUGACUAUGUAUUCAAAAUUAUUUGCAAAGCGGUUAAAAUGAGUAUUAGGUAUGGCAUUUAUAAAGGUAAAACAUUAUAAAAUCAUGACUUAAAUAUAAAACAGAUAAAAAGGACACUUGACAAAAUUACAUUAAAUAUUCAUCAUUAUUGAUCGCAGCAAAAUGGCGCACGCACUUCAAUUAUUCACAUCCCUACUUUUUAGUUUAUUAAUUUUAGUUAGUUCAGCAUCAUUUUAUACAACAGAAGAUGAGCGUCUAUCUGAAAUGCUGCCGAGAAUAUCAUAAAUGGGAUGUUUCAUCUGGAAGUAGCUUGUUUUAUAAAAUGGCAGACACGCCGAGUCUACUACUGUUUAGAAGAUCAAAUGAUGUUGAUGACAUAAUUAAUGGCACAACCACUUUAGUGACAUUUACGGAUAUGAACAGUACCAGUGAGUUAAAUGAAGGAUAUAUUCCAAAAGGAUAUAGUGUACCACACAUUAUUCUGACAUCUAUACUAUUAUCAAUUAUCAUGCUUGUGAUUGUGUUCGGUAAUUUGCUAGUUGUCAUUGCCAUUUUCACUGAUAAAACACUUAAAACAACACAAAACUGGUUUAUAGCUUCACUAGCUGUAGCUGAUUUUCUGUUAGGAUUAGUGAUAAUGCCUUUUUCUCUAGCUAAUGAAAUGAUGGGAUAUUGGAUAUUUGGCAAGGUCUGGUGUGAUCUCUGGAAGGCGAUUGACGUUUUGCUAUGUACAGCUUCAAUUCUCAGCAUUUGCCUAAUAAGCCUUGAUAGGUAUUGGUCAAUAACAAGGGCUAUAACAUAUCCUCGGAGCAGAACACCAAAGAAAGCAGCCUUAAUGAUCACCGCGGUUUGGUUUCUGUCAGCAGUUAUUUGCGUGCCUCCGUUAAUUGGAUGGAAGAAUCCGUUACCUGUAACUGAAUAUCCCCUGUGCCUUCUCAGUGAUGAUAUCGGCUAUGUACUUUAUUCUACUAUGGGAUCGUUUUAUGUUCCAUGCGUGAUAAUGGUUUUUGUAUACUUCAAAAUAUUUCGUGCAGCUAGACGCCUUGCAAGAAAGAAUAUACGAAAGAAUAAAAGGAAACAGAUGUCGCAUGAUAUAAAAGAUGAGAUAAACACGCAUUUUAAUUCACAUGAUACGGAAAGUGUUGCUCGGACUACUCCAGAAAGUGAUAGAAAACGGGUAAUGAAAAAACCAUCACUAGAAAGUCUCAAAGAGAAAGAAUCUUACAUAUCUACAGCUGGUCAAAACAAUAUUGUUCGAUCACCUAAUGAAUGUGAUAAUUCAAUAAAAGAACACGAAAACAAAAAAAUUAAUGUAGACCAAAGUGUUGAACUUAAACAUGAAAGCAAGCAGCUUGAUUCAACAAGUUCAGAAUUGACAAGAAAUGAUAGUUCCAUUUCAACAAAAUCUGACUGUCAAACAACUAAAAAUAACGAACCAAGAAGAAUAAGCAUGCAAAAGAUAAGUGAGAAGUUUUCGAAAAAAAGACAUCGUACAAAUGGAAAUAAGAGCUCAAAGGGUUGGCGGGCGGCAUCUGUACGUGAUCACGAACGCCAUAAACGAAAAAUAGCGAAAGCACGUGAAAGACGUGCAACAAUUGUUUUGGGUCUUGUAAUGGCUGCGUUUAUUUUAUGUUGGUGCCCAUUUUUUACAUUGUAUAUAAUAACAUCUUUUUGUUACUGUGUUGGGUCAAUCGUAUUUACUGUUGCAUUUUUCGCAGGCUACUGUAACUCAGCACUAAACCCAAUAAUAUACACGGUGUUUAAUCGUGAAUUUAGACAUGCCUUUCACCGUAUCAUCUGUAAAAACAGCUUACGCUGUCGGUGAAAUAUGAAUUGUUAGAAAUAAAUAUUUACAUUCGUGAUUCGUUCACGAAAGACAUAACAGAUAUUAGGCAAUAAUAUAUUAUUAUUUUCCAUCGAGAAAACCUUACCAAGCUGUGAAGAUAGAUUUUGUUUGUAUUUUCCUUUUAAUUUAUAAUACAAAAUUUUAAAACAUAUAUAACAAUACCAUAUAAACAUUCUAAAUGUAUUAUUUUGUUGACGAAUAAUCAGCACAUGACCUAUAAUCGUGUUAAGAUCAUUCUAAUGAUACAAUAUGUGCAUACUAUUUUAUGUUUCACAUAUAUAACUCAUACAUGUAUGAAUUAAAUGUUCCCUAGAUUCAAAUUAUAUAGAACAAAUCUGAUAUGUUUUUUUUAUAGUUUAUGAAUUUUUUUUUGAUAUGCUAUCUUAGUUUUCUUUUUUACGGUCUCAAUGUAUUUGAUAAUGUGCUGGUUUUACAAAAUAAAUCUAAUGACGUAGAAAAAAAUUUAUUCAGUAUUUAACAAUGACUUGUCCAAAAUGUUGUUAAUUGAACAGAUAAUAACAUAAAGACAAGUUUGUAUUUUUUUUACUAUAUUAUAGAUAAUGACUAGAUCCUAAAAGAAUUGUCAGUGAAUUUACACGGAUAGUCAACGUCAAUAAAAUGUCUCUCCGCUCCACACCCCUUUCUCAUCGUGUAUUUGUACAGGGUCGUAGAAUGUUCCUGCAAAGUGUUUGCACAUCUUAAUGAUUCCUGCAAAUAAAAAGCAAAAUAGAUAUGUAUAAUUUUAUAUAAUUAUGUUAUUAUUUUUUCUAAGUUAUUUAUUUACAUAUCAUUUA